UUGAAAAAAGUUCGAAAUUUGCAACGUUUGAAGACCGUUCGGAGAAUCUUACGCUGCAGCAAUCGAUGGAAUUCUUCAGCAGCAAAGUAUCGUAAGGUCUCUCCUAUAGAACAUGUACUUUUAAGGUCCGACAGUUAUGUUGGGUCAAAUUCCCUGACGGAUGAACAGGUCUCGUUUUUAUACGAUAGCAGAGAUCAGAAAAUAAGGCGGGAAAGUAUACGCUAUGUCCCAGCGCUCUUGAAGAUUUUUGAUGAAAUCCUUGUGAAUGCUGCUGACAAUAAGCAGAGAGAUUCAAACAUGAAGCAUUUGUCUGUGAAUGUAGAUAGGCAAGUUUAA